ACAGGCGCUGCCACCUGAGGAGCCUGGUAGCCAAAGCAGCGGCAGGCUCAGCCCAGAUCUCGCGAUACAAAUUACGCCUCGCGAGAUUUGACUGCUUGUCCCUGAGAGGCGGGUGGGUGGUCGCUCUGGGGGUUAUGGGUGGGGUCUGGCAUCCGGCAUGGAGGCGCCUCUUUUUCUGUGGCUGGUGCUCGUUUCACCGUGGGUCUACAGCCAGGGCUGCAGAGAGGGUAGAGCCGUUUCUUAGGCCAGAGUGGAAUGGGACAAGAGGUGCCGAGAGAGGACUGAGGCUCCUGAGGACCUGGAAGCGCUGCAACCUUGGAGGCUGGGACCCGGCAGUGCAGCCGCCGUGGAGGCCUAAGAGCACGAACCCUUUUAGGCGCGCGCAGGAGGAGGAAUGGCGGCGGCGGAACAAGACGGUCCUCACUUACGUGGCCGCGGUCGCCGUGGGCAUGCUGGGGGUGUCCUACGCCGCCGUACCCCUUUAUCGGCUCUACUGCCAGACUACUGGACUUGGAGGAUCAGUAGUUGCAGGUCAUGCAUCAGACCAGAUUGAAAACAUGGUGCCUGUUAAGAAUCGAAUCAUUAAAGUUACCUUUAAUGCAGAUGUGCAUGCAAGUCUCCAGUGGAACUUCAGACCUCAGCAAACAGAAAUAUUUGUGGUUCCAGGAGAGACUGCACUGGCAUUUUACAAAGCUAAGAAUCCUACUGACAAACCAGUAAUUGGAAUUUCUACAUACAAUGUUGUUCCAUUUGAAGCCGGACAGUAUUUCAAUAAAAUACAGUGCUUCUGUUUUGAAGAACAAAGGCUUAAUCCCCAAGAAGAAGUAGAUAUGCCAGUGUUUUUCUACAUUGAUCCUGAAUUUGCUGAAGAUCCAAGAAUGAUUAAGGUUGAUGUUAUCACUCUUUCUUACACUUUUUUUGAAGCAAAAGAAGGGCACAAGUUGCCAGUUCCAGGAUAUAAUUGAAGUCAGCAACUAAGUCUUCCUUCAGAGUUGUGGUUUUUGGGAAAAUCAUGUAUCCUGCCUUCUCAGAUGAGAAAUAUUGUACAAUAAUUUGAAGCCUUAUAUUUUAAAUAGCUAUUUUCUCAACUAAUUUAUUUCACUUAAAAUUGAGAGAACAGGUUCAGCUUUUAUCAUAAGAAACCCACAUGUCUAGCUAGAAUAUAUGGCUGACCAGUCAAUCCCAUACUGAAGAGUUUGAUAGUGUUAAAAUAAGCUGCUUUGUUUUUUAAAUAUGCAGGCAUGGACUUAAUGGUUCGGCUUAAGUCUAUAGUUCCCUUCUAGAUUAUUCACUCUUCAUAAUUAUAGCAAUGAAUCUGAGAAUGUUUUCAAAAAUGUAUGCUCAGGGUUAUCUGUUUCAAGUCAUAGGCCAGAACUUCUGACCAUGUUUAUUAUUUUGUCUAAAAGAGUUGGUUGCUAUUUUGAACAGUCAGUAUUUUAAAAGCUCAAAGUAGAAGAGGAGUCACUAAGCCCUAACAGCUUGUCCAAAGAUUUAAAUUCUUAUUUCAAAUUUGACUUUUUGUCCUAUAAGAUCUAGGGCUAUUUUAUAUUCAGAGUUCUGAAUAAUUACUUUGAAAUUGUCCUAUCAUGAAAUUGAAAUAAAAUAAGUAUAUUUACUAGGCUGAUAGCUUUUACCAUCAUCUUUACAAAUCCAUGAAUGUUAAAAUGUACAGGUGGGAUUGUGAUUUACUGACAUCAAAAGUUCUUCUGGGAACAAACUUUGUAAAAAAAAAAAAAAGAUGUAUUAAAUUAUUUUAAUAGUGAUUUAUUUUUCAUCAAAUGUAAAACUUAUUCUGAAUAUUUUCCAGUUGUCUGUGUUCCAAAUAGAAAUGUUAAGUUAUAGUAAAAAGAGAGAAAAUACUAUUUAGCAUUACAAAGAAUCAAAAAGGCCACCCAAUGCAGAGUCUAGUGACCUGUUCAGGACACCUAAAAUAUAAUUAAAUGACAAUCAUCAAGGCUUUAACAAUUUAUAAUUCUAAACCAGAGGAUUAUUUAUAAAGAAGUGCAAAUUGACUUUUACAUUCAACUUUAGUUAAAUGAAGGCACUCAGUAUUUAUUCUUCCAGAAUAAUACAUUCAGUUUCUCUCAUUUUAUUCUUUCAUCUAUUCAGAAUUAUUUUAUAGUAAGAUAAUCUCUUAUACACAGCUGUGUGAUGAUUUGUAAAUGUAGGAAGGCCUGUGAAACAUAUGACACUGCAGUUAAAUUGGUUGGCCUAAGGACUAAGUAAUUAUUUUUCUGCUAAAGUUUUAAGUUGAGUAUUUGUUCCAAACAAGUUCUGUUGAAAUCUCACGCUGUUGUCAGGAAUCACUGUUAUCCUGGAACUGUUAUUCUUCUGUUUAAUCUUCAUAAUAGCAGAAAUGUUCCACCGUAGCUUUGACAUGUUGGUAGGUAGGUAUUGUCUUCCAGGCCUCAAAGCUGCACAGAGAGUUGGCACCUUUGAUGUGGCUAGUGAGGUGAUCAUCCUCUUUCUUCUAGAAUAGAGAAGAAAAUGGCCAGUA